GUCGGCCUUUUUCUUCUCCUCUCAAACCCAGAUCUGGGUUUUUCUCAAACCCAGAUUCCCCUGUGAGCUUCUUGGUGGUAAGGUCGGGGUUUGGUUGGUCCUUCAACUGUUGGAGUUCGGCUUCAUGUUCUUCAGCGUCGAGCGCCCAGGCGCUAGGCUUGCCCCAUGGAGAUGAACCCAGUUCUGGGUUUCGUGAGGAACCCAGUUCUGGGUUUCGUCAAGGAACCCAGAUCUGGGUUUCGUCAAGAACCCAGUUCUGGAGUCCUCAAGGAACCCAGUUCUGGAGUCCUCAAGGAACCCAGUUCUGGGGUCCUCAAGGAACCCAGUUCUGGGUUUCGUCAAGGAACCCAGAUCUGCGUUUCGUCAAGGAACCCAGAUCUGGGUUUCGUGAAGAACCCAGUUCUGGGUUCCGUGAAGAACCCAGUUCUGGGUUCCUCAAGGAACCCAGUUCUGGGUUUCGUGAAGAACCCAGUUCUGGGUUCCUCGCGAAACAAACCCUAGCAUUUCUUCGAGUAAUUUCACAAUUUCACUUCAUUUCCAUAGCUCUGAGCACGAAAUUCAUAUUCUUGGUGAUUGGUUUGAUCAAUUUUGAAGUUUGGGAUGGUAAAGCUAGUUUUUCUUUGCUCUGUUUCUUUAGCUUCUUGCUUUGUUUGGUUGCUCUGUUUCAAUUUUGAAGUUAUUCUUUGUUUGAUUGCUUUGUUUUCGUUUGGCCUUCGGGAACUCAACUGAAACUGG